GUACUACGCCUCUUUCAUCGACAAAAAUCAGCUGAACAUCGUGUUGGAGUUGGCAGAGGCUGGGGAUAUGAGCAGAAUGAUCAAGCACUUCAAAAAGAACGGUCGCCUCAUCCCGGAGCGAACAAUCUGGAAAUAUUUUGUGCAAGUGGCUCGAGCACUGGCACAUAUGCACUCGAAGAGGAUUAUGCAUCGAGACAUCAAGCCAGCCAACGUCUUCAUCACCGGCGAAGGUAUCGUCAAGUUGGGAGACUUGGGCCUAGGCCGAUUUUUCUCAUCCAAGACAACUGCUGCUCAUUCGCUCGUCGGGACCCCUUACUACAUGAGCCCCGAGCGAAUCCAAGAGUCCGGGUACAACUUCAAGUCUGACCUCUGGUCACUUGGGUGCUUACUCUAUGAAUUAGCGGCCCUGCAAUCUCCAUUCUACGGCGACAAGAUGAAUCUAUACUCGUUGUGCAAGAAGAUUGAGAAUUGUGAAUACCCUCCACUACCGGCAGAUAUUUAUACGAGCCAGCUCCGCGACCUAAUCUCCAGAUGUAUCGUCUCUGACCCGAACCAAAGGCCGGAAACGAUGGAAGUCCUCGAAAUUGCCGAGAAAAUGCACGAAUUCUUCCGGGAACAGGCUAGGACUCAGCCGGCAGCGCCCGCAGAAGAA